AAAUGCCCCUCGCAGCAGCUCUGAACUCAUAACCCCAUAACUGUCUGAUCAAGACAUUCAUCCUAUCCUGAUAUUGCGACUUUACCUCAAAGGAUUGCACCCAGAGAAUUACAAUGGAUUUCUGCAAAACUCAUAUGUCCACAAUCUCUAUAUUUUUCAUCCUUCUCCUGUCAAUGCUGUAUCAGCAGCCAGGAGUUGAUGGCUGGUCGUACAAUUUCUCAGACUCUACCAUGACCUGGACAAGAGCCCGUGAUUGGUGUCAGGAGCACUACACAGACAUGGUGGCAAUUCAAAACCAUGGUGAAAUUGAAUACCUCAAUAACGAGCUCCCCAGGAAGACAGGAUACUACUGGAUCGGUAUUCGCAAAAUCAACAAUACCUGGACCUGGGUCGGAACCAAGAAGCAGCUGACAGCAGAGGCUGAGAACUGGGCCACAGGGGAGCCGAAUAACGGACGCAACAACGAGGACUGUGUGGAGAUCUACAUAAAGAGAGGAGAGGACAACGGCAAGUGGAAUGAUGAGUCCUGCCGAAAGGAAAAGACUGCACUAUGUUACACUGCAUCCUGUAAGGAAGACUCCUGUAGUUUUCAAGGGGAGUGUGUUGAGACCAUCAACAGCCACAGGUGUAACUGUUUUGAAGGUUUUUAUGGAGACAAGUGUGAACACAUUGUGAAAUGUGAAGCAAAGGAAAUCUCUGAUCCUGAACAUGGCAGCGUUCAGUGCCACCAUCCUAAUGGAGAUUUCUCAUACAAAUCCAAAUGCGAGUAUUCCUGUGAUGAAGGCUACAAUUUAGUUGGAGCGAUUACAACACAAUGUGGCGGUACUCGAGCAUGGUCCAACAAACCCCCUACCUGUGAGCUAGUCCAGUGCUCCAGUCUAAAUAUGCCACUUCAUGGAACCAUAGAGUGCAGUCAUCCGAUAGAAACCUUCAGCUAUCAGUCAUCCUGUAGGUUUAGCUGUGAAGAAGGGUAUACACUAACAGGUUCCAGCUACAGCUUGCUGAUGUGUGACGUCUCUGGACAGUGGAAUGAUUCACAGCCCAACUGUGAAGCAGUCCGCUGUCCAGCUCUUGAGGAGCCAGUGGAUGGGGGAAUGAGCUGCAGUGGUGAUAGUUAUGGGAGCAGGUGCACAUUCAGCUGUAAUGUCGGGUUUCGACUGCUGGGAGCAUCAGAGCUCAUAUGCACCAAAACUGCUCAGUGGAACCAGGAGACACCGUCCUGUAGAGCUGUUCAGUGCCCCGUGCUCCAGACUCCACAGAAAGGCAGUGUGUCCUGUACAGACCAGACUCUCAGUAAAGGCUCUAUCUGCAGCUUCACUUGUAGUGAGGGCUUCAACCUGGAGGGAGCAUCAAGCAUCAAGUGUACAGAGACCGGAGAAUGGAGUACAAACAUCCCCAGCUGCACAGCAGUCCGCUGUCCAGCUCUUGAGGAGCCAGUGGAUGGGGGAAUGAGCUGCAGUGGUGAUAGUUAUGGGAGCAGGUGCACAUUCAGCUGUAAUGUCGGGUUUCGACUUCUGGGAGCAUCAGAGCUCAUAUGCACCAAAACUGCUCAGUGGAACCAGGAGACACCGUCCUGUAGAGCUGUUCAGUGCCCCGUGCUCCAGACUCCACAGAAAGGCAGUGUGUCCUGUACAGACCAGACUCUCAGUAAAGGCUCUAUCUGCAGCUUCACUUGUAGUGAGGGCUUCAACCUGGAGGGAGCAUCAAGCAUCAAGUGUACAGAGACCGGAGAAUGGAGUACGAACAUCCCCAGCUGCACAGAAGUGAGAUGCCCUCACCUCCAGACGCCAAACAAUGGCCUCAUCAACUGUUCUUCGGAGCCUCUCUUCAACACUUCCUGUUCCUUUAGCUGUCUUGAUGGCUAUCAGCUUCAUGGUCACCAGAUGGUGUUCUGCAGCCUUAAUGGCAACUGGACUGAAGAAGUGCCUAAGUGCCAAGCUCAUCCUGCGUCCACCUUAUCAUGGGUAUCUGGCCUGACCAUGGGUUUAGGAGGCACUACUGCAUUUUCCAGCCUUGCUCUUGUUUUCUGGAUAAUUAAGAGACUCCGAAAAUUGAAAGCUAAGAAGUUUGACCUCAGUAACUCAGACAUUGAAGUGCCACCCCAGGUAUACAAAUCCAGCACUGACAGUCUCAUCUAGACAAAAAAUGACUACUAACUAUAUCUAGGUCUCUGUUGAUCCUGCACUGUGGACACAGCAGUUUCCACUAUAGAGUGAAUGAAUGCACUCCUGGUUCAAUUCACUUUACAUUGUCACAGAGCAGCUGCAAGUGAAUCCGAUUAUGGAUUUAGAUUUAGAUGCAUAAAUCUCAAGUAUACAAAUAUUGAAUGAGUUAUACUUGAAAAAAGAGCAGUGUUUGAGCUUUACUUCUACAAUAUCAGCGUGAGAAUAUCUACUUAAGAAUGAAUCAUGAAUGAGAUAUAAACCAUUUUCAUAAGGCACAUUCUUUAGAAUGAUCAGGUGACACCAUCCACAGCCAUCUUUAGGAUAUCUGUGUGUGUGUGUGUGUGUGUGUGUGUGUGUGUGU